AUGAUAAACGGAUUUACGGCAAAUUCAGCCGUUAGUGUAGAUGAUGAAGGAAGCCAAUCAAAGAGAGUCAGAAGACGUGCAGGACCAUUCAAGAGAUCAAGGACUGGUUGCGGGACUUGUAAGAGACGCGGCAAGAAGUGCGACGAGGAGUGGAGCGAAGCUGGUUUCUGCCAACGAUGUAUUGUAGGACAAUUCAAAUGUUCCGGACGUACUGAACAAGUUAUUGGUGGACAAGCGUCAAGUAAUGCCGCAAGAAGUAGCGCUGGGGGCGAAAGAUCAUCGUCCAGUAGAGAACCAAAUGAUCAUCAGGAUCGUCUUGCGCAUCCAAACCUCAAACCUUCUGCAGCUCCGUUACCCACCUUUACAUCUUCGACGAGCAAUUCCAUAGCAGGACCAUCGCAGCCCAUACUACCGACAACUUUGGAUACUUCCGCUCUGAAUGUUCCUAAUAGCUUUGGAGCGCCAUGGGCAUUGAACAAUUCGUCGAGCUCUCAACUAUCUAUAGACCCCACAGCUUUCUUCCCCUCUUUACCAAAUCCCCAACCACUCUACAAUUGGCCCGGCCAAUUCUCAACGCAACCAUCUGCAUUUCUCACAACAAAUAACGACGGAACACUGGCUAUCGAUUCAACUCCGUUUAAUUGGAAUGAUCAAUCCACGAAUGAUAUGUGGAAUGAGCUGGCAGCCUCAUUCGCUGCAGCAAGUAGCGAGGGAACAAAUAAAACCAACUCUCACCCUCUACCUCCCCAGCUCAACGCCAAUUCGAGAGUCUUGUUUCUGAAUUCCGAAAGACCAACUCGACAGGGUGUCUCACUAGCGGAGAUCUACGCUCGAGUAGUAGAGUCAUGGCUUGUUGGAAUACCGUCUACCACCAGAGAUUACGCGAGAGCACGUAUUUUGGCGCAGAAUGACAAUAACAGUGUGAUGCGGAAUGUCCGCUUCGCUGUCUCAGCCGCAUACAUCUUCCUCUUCGCUGGCUGUCGCGAACGAUCGAUGGAAAACCCUAACACACCUCAGCCAAAAUUAGUAGAAUUAGCUUUUAAAGGUGCAGGCCUUGUAGAUGGGAAACCAAACCUCCGAGCUCAACAACCGGAUGGCGGCAGUGAUUCAGUAUCCCCAGCUAGCAAAAGUGGAGAUAAAGAUGAAACCAGCUCGGCUAUGAAGAAAAUAAGAAUUUACGUCGAUCACGUUUCGACGCCAUUCGCAGCUGAUAUGGAAAGCUUGAAAUGGACCGAAGAUGCUGUACAGGAGCUCAAAACGAUUAAGAUCACGGAUGAAUCGCAAUUGUCUAAUCUACUUUGGGGGGUCAUCGACUUGCAGCUCGUUGAAUUCAUUCGAGGAGGUGCUGCACCGUCAUACCACAUGCUGGCUUUAGGCGACAGACUGGUUAGAGAUGCUAUGGGCAGCACUCAACCCCCUAUCACGUUAUCUAGUCUUCGGACAUCUGAUACGUUCUCACUUCGUCUCUAUGCACUCUCCGACAUCAGUCGCUGCAUUGUUUACAGAGGGAAAAAGACCAUAUUCAACUUCUGGUCAGACAUCAAUGACGAUCAUAGUGAUACUGCUACAAACUCGGACGAUGAAGAACCCUGGGCUACAUAUCUGGGUCUCCCUGAUUCCAUCGUCAUACUCCUAGCUGAAGUGGUCAAUUUGUGCGCCGAACUCUCAUCAAGCUCCCCUUCAUCUAUUAAAGCUCAAGCAGACGAGCUAGAGUCUGCCCUGAAAUCCUGGCAGUCUCAAACUUUCAGCACCGUCACAUCAGUUGAUUCAGCUGCAUUGGUCUCGAGAACCAUUGCUGGCGAAUUAUGGCGACUCUCUGCUUUGGUACUCCUCUACGAAUCGGUUCAUCGCGUAGGAGGCCUACAUCCUGUUCUACGUAGAGCCCAAACCGAAAUCCUCAGUCUCCUCGAUGCGAUCACCAAACUGCCAAAUGGCGAUUUAUGGGGAUUCAUCGGUCUUCCCGCAUUCCUUGCUGCCUGUCUCAGUAUAAGCGAGCAUGAUAGGCAAAGAUCCUUGCAGCAUCUGGCAAGGCCUGGACCAGAACGGAUGUGGCUAGAUAACAUAGCUUUAGUCGAGAAAGUUUGGGAAGAAACGGAUGAAACGGGUAAAUUACCUGACUGGCAUGACAAGAUGACCAGAGAAGGGAUGUCGGUUGCUUUCUUUUAA